AUGGCGUUUUGCACGAAUAGUGUGUGUAUGUUCACAUCCCUCUCUCUUCUCUACUCUGCUUUCUUUUCUGUAAAUUUAUUAUUGUUUGUCCAUGGAUGUCCUCUCAAUGAAGCGAGAGCGCUUCUCAGUCUCAAAGCCGCCUUCAAUAACGAUUAUGGAAUGCUGAAAUCGUGGAAGGGAGAUGACUGUUGUGUAUGGAGAGGUGUCCACUGUGAUGAAAUAGAAUUGGGUGGACACGUUACUGAGUUGGAUAUUAGUAACUUUUAUCUAACAGUUUGGGAGUUAGAUGCAGACAUUGAUUCAGCCUUUUUACAAUUGAAGCACCUCAGAUAUUUAGAUUUGAGUGGCAAUUAUUUUCUGGGUACUUCUUUCCCUCCAGGUUUGGCCUUGUUAAAGAACUUGUCAUACCUAAACGUAGCCUAUGCUUAUUUUGAGGGAAAUAUUGCACCUCAAUUAGGAAAUUUGUCUUCCUUGCGUUUUUUAGAUUUGAGUGAUAAUGUUUUGUUGAAUCUCAACAGCUUAGAGUGGUUACCUAGUUUGUCCAUGCUAAAGUAUCUUUCAUUGAAAGGGAUAAACAUAGGAUACUUCGAGCCAACAUGGGAGAGUAUUAUUGGUAGUCUGUUCCACCUUACACAUCUGGACCUCUCUGAUUGUUUUUAUGAUUCCACCCUUCCAGUUUCUUUGCUAAACAUUUCCUCACUUGCUGUUCUUAAGUUUAGAGGUAAUGGGAUGUCAGGAUCGAUGCCUAGUUGGAUGGGGAACAUGAGCAAAUUAACUUCACUUGAUCUGAGUGAGAAUUGCUUAAAUGGUUCCAUACCCAGAAGUUUAUCAAAGCCUCAUUUCCUCGAAUACCUUGACCUCUCACAAAAUGACAUUAUCGGUAUAAUACCCGAGGCUAUCGCAAAUCUCACCAGUCUUAGAUAUCUCAAUCUGUCGAUUAACAACUUGACUGGUAGGAUUCCUUCAAAUUUAGGAUACGUGGAUGCUAAUGUGGGAAGCCUCUCUUAUUUAGACCUUCACCAAAACCAAUUAGAAGGUCGCAUCCCAUCUGGCUUGGGUUUACUCACCAAUCUCACUUAUAUAGAUCUUAGCGGCAACAGGAUUAGUGGUCCAAUCCCCCCUUCUCUAGGCAAUCUACCGUCUCUUAUUGUUUUGGAUUUACAUGAUAAUCAAUUGGAAGGAAGUAUCCCAGUAAGUUUAGGAAAAAUUAGCACACUAAGAAACUUAUCCCUUUCCGACAACAAGAUGAGUGGAGAUCUUCCCUUGUCAUUUGCACAAUUGUCUUCACUCAUCGGUCUUGAUCUGAGAAACAACCAAUUGAAUGGAAGUAUCCCUUCCUUGCUCACGCUGCCAUCUUCUCUGAAGACAUUUUUGCUCUCCAACAACAACAUGACAGGAACAUUUUCAGAUCAAGUUCUCUUGCGCAAUGGUUCAAGGUUGGUGGAAUUGGACUUGUCUUAUAGUGGGCUCAACAUCGACAUCGACUCUGCGCCGUGGAUUCCGCCUUUUCAGCUCCGGAAUUUGAAUUUGAGGAGGUGUAAAAUUGGAGGCCCAAUUCCCAGCUGGAUUUCAACUCAAUUUCAACUUGAAACUGUGGACCUAUCAGACGCCAAUCUUGUGGAAGAUCUUCCAUCUUGGCUAUGGGAAUUUUCAUCGGAAUUGAUUAGUUUGAACCUGUCUAACAAUCACUUGGUGAGUCCUGUCACUGUUCCUUCAAUCCCACAUACUCUGCAGGUGCUGGAUCUCUCCGUAAAUGAACUGAAUGGCCCCUUAUUGCUAGAUAUUCGUAUGCCUGAACAACUAAGUUUGGAGGUUCUUUUACUUGCGGACAGUAAAAUUAAAGGACCAAUACCAGUUUCAUUAGGGAAUAUGACAUCUCUAGUUAUUCUUGAUUUGUCAAAUAAUCAGCUAAGAGGCAAUAUACCUGAUAGUUUGGGGGAUUUGGAAAAUCUUCAAGUUCUGCAUUUGGAGAAGAACCAUUUAAAUGGAGAGGUCCCUGCCAGCCUGGCCAAGCUCUCAGAACUUGUAAUGCUCAACCUGGCAAGUAAUGAAUUGGAGGGUAAGAUUCCUGAUGAUCUUGGAAACUUAACAGGACUUGCGUCUCUCCGUCUUGAAAAGAACAAUCUUCAAGGACUUCUUCCUCCCUCUUUAGCACAACUUUCAGAUCUGCAGGUGCUUGACGUAGGAGAAAACAAUUUGACAGGAAAAAUUCCAUAUUGGAUUGCUGAUUAUUUAAGUCUUCAUGUUCUUAUGAUGAGAUCAAACAAUUUCAAAGGCAAACUACCUCCACAGAUCGGCGAAAUGCCUAACCUUCGGCUCCUCGACCUUUCUUCUAAUCUUUUAUUCGGUGAAAUCCCAAAUACCUACUUAAAUUUCUCAGCCAUGGUCAAUGUAAAUGAAGAUAUGUCCGUGCUUGGAGCAGACCGUCGCCCCGUUUCUGGUGGUUCUGAUCCUCUUCCUGAGCCUAGUCCUGAUAGCGGUUAUGAUCCUCGUCCUGAUGGCGGUGGUGAAGGUAAUGUACAUAAAAAUGAAGACAAAAGAUACUAUAUAGAGGGCUUAGAUCUGAUUACUAAGGGAUCAGAAAGGCAUUACGCUUAUGUCUUAUCAGGUAUGACAUGCAUUGAUUUGUCAAACAACAGAUUAUGGGGCCAUCUUCCAAAGGAAAUUGGGAAUCUCAAAGCCUUGAUGUUUCUAAAUCUUUCUAGGAAUAGUUUCAAUGGGGACAUUCCAGGUAGCAUGGGCAAUCUGAGUCAGUUGGAAUCGUUGGACCUUUCCUUCAACAGUUUUUCAGGGAGAAUUCCCUUCCAGCUUGGUAUUCUGGAUUAUUUGGGAUAUUUAAAUCUGUCUUACAACAAUCUCUCAGGGGUGAUACCACAGCAAGGCCCUCAUAUGAUCACAUUUGAUGAAACAGCAUUUUCAGGAAAUCCAAAUCUGCAGGGAUGCCCUGUUGAAAGCUGGAAAUGUUCCACCCGUCGUUCACCAGUCUCUCCUCCUAGCGUUGAUGUCAAAGAAGAGACCAACCAAGGGUUUUCAUGGUAUGAGCUGAGUAUUGGAUGGUCAAUUGCAGCAGGAUUUUGUGCCGUGGUGUUGGUACUCACUUUCAAAGCGAAUUGGAGAAAGGCGACCUUUGAUCAGAUGGACAGAGUUAUAAUAUUUCUGUUAGGGGAGCCCACUAAUUGGAGAUGA